AGGAAGUGGCGCCCGAUGUGGGUCCGCACCUUUUCCGGUAACACACAGCACCGCGGGGCCGAAGGCGGGGAGCGAGCGAGAGGGCUGAAGUGAAGCGAAAGAGUUGGGGGGAGAAACGGCCCGGGGGAUCGCGGGGAGGACGUUAGCCGCAAAGGCGGGGGAAAGACACAAGAAAGUCGGAUUAAUUAAUGACAUUUUCGGCGCCUUGUUCAGCUUCAUGUGCCGCUGUAGCAGAACGAGGGGGAUUCUGAAGCCGUUUUUCGGAGAAUUGCCAGCAGCUGCCGCACUACCGUGGCAGUGAAUUUCAUCGACAGGCCCCGGGGCAAGUGUAGACAAUCGGCGGCCAAGGAGGAAGUGAGAAGCCCGUGCUUUGGACCGGGCCUGCCUCAGUGGAAGAAGACGUCCAUGGAAAUGUGGAUUCUGAAGGGCACAGGUUAGACUGAAGCCUCCUCUCUGUUUCCCUCAAGGGCUAUACACCCACCCACUCAGGUCACAUCACCACACUGUUGCGUCCGAGCUUUUUUUUUUUUUUUAAUCGCCAUAAUAAAAGUAUUUAUGCACGAUAAACAAGAUGGGGAAAAUGCUGUCAAAGAUCUUUGGCAACAAGGAGAUGAGAAUACUGAUGCUUGGACUUGACGCGGCGGGCAAGACAACCAUCCUGUACAAGCUGAAGCUGGGACAGUCUGUCACCACCAUCCCCACGGUGGGCUUCAACGUGGAGACGGUCACCUACAAAAACGUCAAAUUCAAUGUGUGGGAUGUUGGCGGCCAGGAUAAAAUCCGUCCACUUUGGCGACACUACUACACGGGCACGCAGGGCCUGAUCUUCGUAGUAGACUGCGCUGACCGAGACCGCAUCGACGAGGCCCGCCAGGAGCUCCACCGCAUCAUCAACGACCGGGAGAUGCGCGACGCCAUCAUCUUGAUCUUCGCCAACAAGCAAGACCUGACCGACGCCAUGAAGCCCCACGAGAUCCAGGAGAAGCUGGGCCUGACGCGUAUCCGGGAUCGCAACUGGUACGUGCAGCCCUCAUGCGCCACAUCAGGCGACGGACUGUACGAGGGCCUCACCUGGCUUACCUCAAACUACAAAUCUUAACACCGCUCGGAGAUGCCGACGCCUCUCUAGCAAUUAUAUCCUUGUUUUAAUUCCCAUUUUUGAUUCCCACUCUUUAUUAGGGUUGCAAUGGUGUGGAAGUGUUCAAUUAAUUUCCAUGAGAAGUUAAGCUCAGAAAUUUUGGAAAUGCAGUGAAUCACCAACUCAUCGGUUUUUGUUUUGUUUUGUUUUUUGAGUGGAACCUAUCAAGUUCGUUAUAAAUAUUGUCUAAUGCCAUCUGGCAGUGUCUUGGUGCCAUGCAGCAAUGUUGAACAGAGGGGAGGAGCUUUGUUAAGUCAAGCCAUAGCCUUGUCUAAUAGAAAAGUACUCUGCUGCCAUCUUGUGACAACUGUUGGCAUCUCAAACUGGCGCGGGUGGACGUUACUCUUUGAAAUUUUUUUCCGAAUGAAUGUAAAUUUCAGUAAAUUAACUCAAAAUCGAGGGUAUCACAUUCAAUUAUUUUGUUACGCGGAUAUCACUCGUACCUCAAAUUUUGACCACAAAGCAAAAAUAUAAAUACAUAAUCAGACCAAGCGAGAACUUGAAAAACUAAAUUAGUGUGCUUGUAAAUCAAGGCCUGAAAUCUGAUUAGGACACAUUUCCCUAAAUUAUGUUUCAGUUCCAUAUAAAGAGCCAAACAAUGUUUUAAAUUCCGUCCUUUCACAUAUUCGCAGAUUUUUUUUUUUAUGCGUAGAAACCACUAUUCUUUUUCUUUUCCCCCACUUAUUUGUUAUUUGUUUUUUUUCGGGGACUUUUCUUUUUAAUUUUUCAUGGCACUUAUAAUGAGCAACCAUUAUUCACGGCAGUUGAAGUAGCGUGCUCCACUGUAUUCCCAUUAAUUUCCAUCGAAAGUUUCUACCCCACAACCCUACUCACUAUACUCCCCCAAAAAGAUAGUUUUUCUUUUUCUUUGCUUUGCUAUUAUUUGUCAAUUUAUCACCGUGACAUUGAGGAAUCUCGCCACGAGUAUUCCGGCUACAUAUCCAAAGGGUUGUAAGAGUCUUUUGAGGACAGAAUAUUUGCCUUUAUCAACAAUAUUUUCGAAGAAUGUUUUUUUUUUUUUUUUCCGUCCCCCCUGACCUCGACAACAACAAGUGAUUGUACACCUUUUGGAUGUUGGAUAUUCACACACUGUGAUAUGGAUCUCUAUUUUUUUUGCUCAUUGUCUCACAUUGAUCUUUCAUUUUUGUAGUUUCAGCUGCCUUAACACACGCACACCAAAAAGAAAAAAGUCAGGGGAGGGCUGUUCUUUGCUGCACUUGUUUAGUUUGACUGACCUUUUCGGACCCUGACAAAUGUUUGCCACCUCCAUUUUGGUGCUCAGAUGACCACAUGUUCCUCUUCAUCGUCAUUACAUAACGUUGUUUUAUGUCUUUGUUUUGUUUUGCUAUGCUGAUUUGAAGUAAUAAAAAAAAAAAAAGACAAACAUGAUUAUAUCCACA